GAAACACUGUGACAAGAUCACAUCUAAGCGUUAGAUUCCUCGGCUUGAUUAGAACUUUUCGUUGCAAAACCGAGCUAACUAGUAUUCACUUAUAACUAAAUCAAUACAAAUGCCACGCAGAGCAUGCAGAAAAAAUACAUUCCAUUAAUACUUCUUAUCCUAUUGCCUACAAUCGCCAACUUUACCUCAUCCUAUUUUCUAGCGACAUCCAAUAAACCACAUUUCAAGCCGGAAGAUUCCCAAUUAUUCCUUCAGGAUGGCCAUAAAAAGUCCCGAAAGAUCAAUGGAUGUAGUGUCCCGGAAUGGAAUACUAUUAGGCUAGAAGAUGUUCCACAUGCAGCAAACUUGCAAAAAUGGGCAAAUCUUGGACCUGUCGAAUCUAAAAAUUCCCUGCGUGGAGAAGCUCGUCUCAUUUCAGCAUUUGUGUACAAAGACCAAAUAUCAAUUAUCAUUACCAAGCAACAUAUUGAAAAGUAUGACGUCACCUGUCUCUACUAUGACUGCAAACGGCGGGAAAUUGCCAACUCAUCUUUUCCAACUCAAACAGCUCCAAUGUCUGUUGUCACAUGUCCACGAAGAGUUGGAGUAGAAUUUGUAAGCGUCAGCUUCACCGAUAACCAUGUCCCACAUGAGCCAAUUCCAUUAAUUUAUAGAGCUUAUAAUGAACCAAUUUACGAAUUGGCGGUUUGUGUAGGCCCACUUUUCGGGACCGAGAGCAAGUGGCUCCAAAUUGCAGAGUCUGUCGAGCACUAUAGACUAUUGGGUGCCAAAUAUUUCUAUUUCACACUGUUCAACAUUAAUGAGUACGACUUUAAAAUUUUGAGCUACUACGCAAAGUUCGGGUACGCCGAGUAUACACAUUAUAUAACCCAGCAUAAAAAGUUGAAUUGGAAGGCACACUCAAUACAGACACAGGAAUGUCAUUAUCGAAGUCGUUUCCAUUCGAAAUGGGUGAUCAAUGUUGAUAUCGAUGAGCGGUUGGUGUGGACUCACUCUGACAGUUUGCUGCAUUUUUUGAGAACCCUCCCCCCAACAAUCGCCAAAAUAAAUAUUGCGACAAGUUCAGUUGAGAAGACAGGAAAAUCGCCGGCUAAAAUGCACAACUUCUCAGAGCUACACUCAGAAUUGAUGUUCUUGAAAUACAAUAAAACAGGCGAGAUAAAAUGGAGUAAUUUCAAGGGAAUGUAUCGACCCGAGAAAAUAUUCACAUUGUCUGGAAAUUGGUCCAAUCUGGAAGAAAAUUAUGUUCAUGUCAUGGUCAUGCCAAAACGAAUCGGUCAUUUUAGAAAAUACAAAAACACUGGUGCACAUCGCCCAGAAGGAUACUCGUUCAAGCACUCUUCAGAAGAAACUCGGUUGGAUCCAACUUUUGAAAACCAAUUAGCUACAAAUGUUUUGGAAAAAGUAGGCUACGUAUAUAAUCAACGAGGAAUUCGAUGCGAAGAGCUGCCGGAGAUAUUCUUUUCAGUUUUCACCAGAAAAGUGUUGGACUGUAAAUUUAAAAAUGAGACUAUGUCAUAAAUUGUUCAGAUUUGCUAAUAAAUUUAUUUGACAAAAAAAAAA